AAAAAUAAAAGAAAAUAGAACUGAAUAAACUGAAAUUCUAUGACAGUUAAGGUUACUAUGAGAUACAGCACAGUUGUAAUUUUGGUUUUAAACUUUCUAGUUUUAAGUCAGUCUCUGAAAAAACGUUCAGGGGUUAACUACUGCACUAUGGGUGUGGUGGUAAUCAGGCAACGAGUAAUGUGCGAUCCACUGCGACCCCUGUGGGUCCUGAGAGAUGGUAAAUGCAAGGAGGCCCUUCAUUGCGUCGACGGUUAUACAAAAAAGCAAUGUCAGGAGAAUUGCCUUGGGCGCAAGAGCGUAGUAAAACCCAAACCGAAAUCCAAGCCCCCAAUAAACCUUAAUACAGCAGCCAAGUCAAGACGUUUGAGCACUUGUGUAACAACACAGGCUGAAAUUAAAAGAACAACUGAGGCAUAUAGCACUUCGACAAGAGGAGAUUUGCCAUCUACCAGAGAAACCAGAAGACCCUAUAGAACCAGAAGAACGAGAAGGUAUUCUAUCAAGGAGAUAUGCUAGUUUAGUACUAUUAAAAUAUUACAAAUAUUUCAGAAAGUUAUAA